AUGGAAGACACCAACCCCUCUUUUCACUCAGCAUCAAGCGGAAAAUAUGCCCGCAGGAUAGCUCCAUCGCGGAAGAGCAAACACCAUGCCAGAGAUCUCAGCGCUACCACGGAGCAUAACCAGGGCCCAGUCGAGACAGAUACCGUGGAUGCCGCUGUGGUAGCUGCUGCAUUUGCCCUGAUGGACCUCUCACUCAAAUCGGUGGGACAGCCGUACGAGCUGACGGAAGAAGAGCGCAUUCGCCAAAACUGCAUCAAGGACUUGACUGCCAUUCUCGUAAAGUUUUUGGACAAGAGCAAAGCCAGCGGUGACACUCUCGACACGGAAAUUGACGCCAAGACGCUCGCAAACCACUGCGAAUUGACAAUCUGGGACGCAACAUAUGAGCAAUGCGGGGAUCUCAACAUCUACACAGAUGCAAUGGAUCUCGAACAGACGGACUUCGAGACGUGGGAAGCACACUGGUGCUCAGAGGGAAAUGGCCGUUCCUUGUUCCUAGAACAUGUGCGGAACUUCCACACGCAGGCUCUGACGCCGUCUCUGAAGCGGGCAUUCGAGCUCGGUCGAGUGCAGGGCGGUCAGUAG